AUGGAUGACGGGAUCACACAACCAAGUCCAGCCUACGCCGCGUCAGACCAAAAGCGUUCGGCCACAAGCGCACAUUCAGAAGUCAGUAUCCCUUUAACGCCGGAUAAUGGGCGAACAGCGCUCCCAUGGCUUUGUACUAACUGUUGCUGUAGCAAUGUCGUGCUCCCCUCACCAGCUCCAAGCGACGAGCCUAACUCGCCGAUUCUCGCCAACUCUCCUAACGCAUAUGGUGAAGCCUCCCGAGAGGGUGAAGUCGCAGGACGGGCACCGGCUGUACCUGUGAGCAUGAAUCGCCUGGGCCAUGACCUAUCCAAUGCCAGCAUCGGAUCUGAUGGGCCAGAUAUUUGUACACGCAGCGUCGGAGCUGGGGUCUCGGGUCUGACCUCUGCUUCAAACGACCCUCAUACUACAAACGAGCGUCUUUCCGCCGCACGGGACAUGCCGUCGACUGUCUCUCCACAACCUCUUGACGCGAGCUCUCUGGGGCACAUCGCACAACCACUACCGCCAGAUACACGUUUGGAAACCUCUCGAGUUCAGCCUCCAAUCCUAUUGCACGAUGAGGUACGAUCACCAAGACAGCCCCCGAGUUCGUCGCUGUCUGGCGCAACGUCCCCAAUGGUGAUUAGUGAUGCAGCUGGGAACCAUCUUCGAGAGCAGCUGCAAGCAUCCGUGGCCAGUUACGACGUACACAUGCCAACGACGUUGCCUCUACCAUCGUCAAUGAUCCAGCAUCCGCAGCAGCAGUCGUAUCCGAGUCCAAUUUCAACCUCAGCGCCACCAAACAAGAGACAGCGGACUUACGUUCCUGUCAUGCCAACAAUGAAACCGAGGAUCCAAAUGAUCGACAAUCAGCUGCGAAAUUUGCACGCCAACCCUGGUUAUGACCAUCAUAAUAUGCUGGAGAUCCCAAGAUACAACUUACUAAAGGAAGCCUGUCUUGGAGAGGAUGCGUUUUACAUAGCUCUCCACCAAGUUUUCUGCGUAUGGGACUUGCCAGAUACCAACCAAAUUGCCACAAUACCAGAUUUUCCAAGCUCGGCCGUGCUUCUCAGGUCAUUCAAAAUUAUGGCCCAACUGAUAAGGGACAACGGUUCAUUGGCAGAAGCUCACAAGAUAUGGUUUGCUGGGUUCCCAAGUCCGCUGCGAAUUUUGUUGAGGAGCUCAGCGCCGUACAGGAAGAUGGUCCAAGAUGUGGGGAAAUUCCUUGCUAAACUCGCAACGGAGUGGGAGAAGCUCCAAGUGGAGUGUAAAGUACGCAAAUACCCACCACUGGUUGACGAAAUGGUUGGUCGGUUAGCGUUGUUGUCGCCGACGCUGCAGCAGGUGGUAUUCACUGCCAUUCGCAGGAAUCUGGGUAUCAUUGAUGAUAGUUGGGGCCAAAGAAUGGAAGAUCUGUUCAAGCGAGACCGCAAAGAACACCAAGCACUUUCAGCGCGGUACAACUCAGGACGGCCACCCACCCAAAGAGAGAUCGACGAGAGAAACAUCGGCUUGGUAAAUGAGUAUCUGGUAGUGUACAAAGCUUUACUACAUGCGCGAAAUCAAACAAAUUCAAACCCGGCAAGUCCUGUGACACGACUUCCAACCCCAAUACUUCCUAGCAAUGCUGCGGCUGCCUCUGUUGCUCAGUCUAAUGUCCAAAGGAAUAAUUCUACAAUUCCUAGAAUUUCUACGCAGAGGCGAACCUCUUCAAUGAUGUCAGGCCAACACCCCGGAGUCGCUCGAGCGCCGACGAUGUCGUCGCCUAGUAUGCCGUCGCCUUUGGCUGUAGGCUUGAACGGUGGCAGUACUGGCCAACAGCCUUAUCGAGGUAACCCAAGCCCUACAGCAAUGCGACCUGCGUCGGCGCAAUCUCCUCAUCACAUGUAUCCAGAUGCUGGGUUUCAAUACUUCCAAGGGGCUAACGGCUCUCCAUACCCAAUCCCCACCCAAAAUUCAGGGCAGCUCAAUAUGGCACAGUCCCCAGUCCAAGGCUUACCUUCCCAGCAUCUUCUACAGCAGAAUCAGUGGCUGCAGCAACACCCUCAGUCGCCUCAAUUGCAGCAGCAUCGACAAAUUCCACAGUUUCAGCAGUCUAUGCCUUUCGCUCAAAACAUGCAGCAACAACCCGUUCAGCUUUAUGGGCAACAUGCCGCAAAUCCACAGUCGAGAAGGAACAGUAGUAUCCCAACUAACUUUCGCCCAAGUGCCAAUUUGAGAAAUGUUGGUCAGCCUCCUACUGGCGGAAACCCUCCGCGCAAUGUGAACACUGCCCACCAGUGGCAAAAUGGUCUCAAUAUUGAAGAAAUUACACGCACUGUGUUGGCCCAUAUGCCUCAAACAGCAAACCAGAAUCAACCUAUCCAGCAACCUGCGCGCCCUCAGAUGCCUAUAGACGGUAGUCGGCCUCUCCUUCCUGACCGCAAUUCUGUGGUACCUCAACACAUCGUGGAUCCCGACAAGACAGCAUUACACCAGGCUCAUCUUCGGAGCCCGAGACUGGUAGUCCAUACUGUUCCUCGUGUGGACAAGCCUCAAAACGAUCCGAACUUUAGGUGUUACCAGGUGGUCAAGUCUCUUGCUUUUGGACCUUCGAAACUCAGGACCGAUGGUCCUCUGACAAAAUUUGACUUUCAGCUAUCAGGAGAGGAUGUCUCGCGUAUCCCUAAAGACACUUUUCUUCCCGAUACGAGUAGAGUAGGGACAAGGAUACUUAAACAUGGCGCCCUUCAAUAUAGGUUUCGUUGUAUUCAGACGAGACCGGAGGUUACUCGUUGUUUAAUGCCCGAUUGGGUUGUGAGUGAAACGAUCUGGCCCCAAAACUCCUUUGUUGCGAUCAAUCGCCAACCACUCGAACUACGAAGGAAGUUUCAUCAUGGAAAAGACCUGCCGAUAGACAUAUCCCAGAAGCUGCUAUCAUCCAACCUCCACUCUUCGUACCAGAUCAGUGUCUCUAUUCCCAAAUGGCGCAGCCCGGACCUUGCUGCCUAUUUAUGUGCUGUGGAAGUGAUAGAGUUACUUCAACAUAGACAGAUACUCGACAUGAUCCGGCAUCAACGAAUUCCAGCAGAGAGCACACUUGAAUCAAUCAAAAAGGUUCUUUCACCGACCGGAAAUGAUGACGACGAUAUCGCGAUGGUGGUCAGUGAUCUUUCCCUAGACCUCACCGAUCCAUUUACUGCCAAAAUCUUUGAGACACCAGUUAGGAGUAAGCAGUGUCUCCAUAGAGAGUGUUUUGACCUCGAGACAUUCCUUCAAACCCGGAACAGCAAACCGAAGAGACCGCAACAACCUUGUAUGCCGGAUGUAUGGAAAUGCCCCUUGUGCGGGAAGGAUUCGCGCCCUUAUGAAUUGCAAAUCGAUGGUUUCCUGGUAGAAGUUAGAACAGAACUUGCAAGCAAAAAUGAUCUUGACGUGAAGGCUAUUCUCAUCGCACCAGAUGGAACGUGGAGACCAAAACGAGAAUCUUCCUCAAAACGCAAGGCAACACGAGAUCCUUACGAUGACGAAUCUUCGGAGGAUGACGAUUUUGUUACUCCUGUCAGUGGAUCUACUGCCAAGGCGCCUGCGUCUAGAGUCAUUGAGAUUAUUGACCUUGAUGAUGAUUAA